AUGGCCUCAGACCACCAGACACAGGCGGGCAAGCCCCAGCCCCUCAAUCCCAAGAUCAUCAUCUUUGAACAGGAGAACUUCCAGGGCCACUCUCAUGAGCUCAGCGGACCCUGCCCCAACCUGAAGGAGACUGGCAUGGAGAAGGCAGGUUCUGUCCUGGUGCAGGCUGGACCUUGGGUGGGCUAUGAACAGGCCAAUUGCAAGGGCGAGCAGUUUGUGUUUGAAAAGGGCGAAUACCCACGCUGGGACUCCUGGACCAGCAGCCGGAGGACAGACUCCCUGAGCUCUCUGAGGCCCAUCAAAGUGGACAGCCAAGAGCACAAGAUCAUCCUGUAUGAGAACCCCAAUUUUACCGGUAAGAAGAUGGAGAUUGUAGAUGAUGAUGUCCCCAGCUUCCACGCCCAUGGGUACCAGGAGAAGGUGUCUUCCGUGCGGGUGCAGAGCGGCACGUGGGUUGGGUACCAGUACCCCGGCUACCGUGGGCUGCAGUACCUGCUGGAGAAGGGGGAUUACAAGGACAACAGCGACUUUGGGGCCCCUCACCCCCAAGUGCAGUCUGUGCGUCGCAUCCGUGACAUGCAGUGGCACCAGAGAGGUGCCUUCCACCCCUCCAGCUAG